UUCGAUCGAAACACAAAAGGGCAGGUAGUGUCUCUCAAGAAAGCCGGCGUCGUUUUUCAACUCGAAACGCCAUACCACAACUCUCUCUCUGGUCUUGUUUGAGGAAGAACUGAUAGAGUCCUAAUAAUUAAUCGAAAAUGAAGCACAAGAUGAGCUUCAUUGCCACGGUGCUGUGCGUUUUGUGUCUACUCUCACAGUCUAUUCUCAGAUCAGCAGCUAAUCAAUUUCUGGGAAUUGCUCCCGAAGAUGAGAAAUACUACAAAUCGUCGGAGGUGAUCAAAUGUAAAGACGGAUCCAAGAAAUUCAGCAGAGCUCAGCUCAACGAUGAUUUCUGCGAUUGCUCCGACGGUACCGACGAGCCUGGUACUUCUGCAUGCCCAGGUGGAAAGUUCUAUUGUCGAAAUGUGGGUCACGCUCCUCUCCAGCUAUUUUCAUCCAGAGUCAAUGAUGGUAUUUGCGACUGCUGUGAUGGGAGUGACGAAUAUGAUGGUAAAGUAAGUUGCCCAAAUACAUGUUGGGAGGCUGGGAAAGUGGCUAGAGAUAAGCUGAAAAAGAAGAUUGCUACUUACCAAGAGGGAGUUGCAAUACGAAAACAGGAAGUUGAACAAGCAAAAGUAGCUAUGGCUAAAGAUGAGGCAGAACUAUCAAAGCUGCAAAGUGACCAGAAAACACUAAAGCGACUUGUUGAACAGCUCAGAGAGCGUAAAGAACAAAUAGAAAAGGCUGAGGAGAGGGAACGGUUACAGAAAGAAAAAGAAGAGCAGGAGAAAAAAGAAGCGGAAGAGAAAGCUAAGCAGGAGAACAGUGGUGGUGAAGACCAGGAGAAAACUAAAGCUGAAGAGGAAGCUAAGAAGGAAAAGAGUGAGGAUGUGGAGGAUGGCAGUGCUGAAGACAAACCUAUAGAAAGUCAACAUGAUGAUAAUGUUGGGAAUUUGGACGAUUCUCAUUCAUACCAGGAUACAGCAGAGAAACAUGAUGACUUAGGUACUAAAGAUGGUAGUAUUGAUACUCCUGAACAUAUAGGGUCUCUGGUUGAUGGUGUACAACAGGAAGCAGUAAAGCAGAAGAAAGAGUCUGUUGCUACAUCUGAACCUGACUUUGAUGGCGGAAGCAAGGUGCCUCAUGAUGAGGGAGAUGAUGCAUCUGAAAACACAGAGUCAUUGUCAAAGGAAGAGUUGGGCCGCCUUGUUGCUUCUCGCUGGACAGGGGAAGAUACCACAAAGGAAUCAGGGGAAGUUGAUGUUACAAAAGAUUCUGAUCAUGAAGAUCAUGAAGAGUUGCCUAAGGAGACCCAUGAUGAACAGUCUGAUGGCUAUGCUUCAGAAACUGAUGAUGACAACCAAAAAUAUGAUGAUGAAGAUCAUGAGGAUGAGGCAGAUGAUGAUUUUGGCGUGGAGGAUCACAGUGAUUCUGGUUCUUCAUACAAAUACGAGUCAGACACUGAUUCAGACUUGUCUGAUGUAACAACCUUAAGUAACCCAUCUUGGCUGGAGAAGAUACAAAACACUGUGCGGAACAUUCUACACGUUGUUAACAUAUUCCAGACGCCAGUGAACCAAUCAGAGGCUGCUAGUGUACGGAAGGAGUAUGACGAAUCCAGUGCCAAAUUGUCCAAGAUAGAGUCAAGAAUAUCAAGUUUGACGCAAAAGCUAAAACAUGAUUUUGGACCAGAUAAGGAGUUCUAUUCAUUCUAUGGUCGCUGUUUUGAAAGCAAGCAGAAUAAGUAUGUCUACAAAGUGUGCCCAUAUAAGCAAGCUUCCCAGGAGGAGGGGCACUCUACAACUCGUCUAGGGAGCUGGGACAAGUUUGAGGACUCAUAUAAAGUCAUGAUCUUUGCAAAUGGUGAUAAAUGCUGGAAUGGACCUGAUAGAAGUCUAAAGGUCAGACUUAGAUGUGGGUUGAAAAAUGAGGUUGCUGAUGUUGAUGAGCCAAGCCGCUGCGAGUAUGUAGCAUUGUUAUCAACUCCAGCUAUUUGCUUAGAGGAAAAACUUCAGGAAUUGCAACAUAAAUUAGACUUGAUGAACAAAGAACAACCACACGCCCAUGAUGAACUCUAAAUUGUCGUGAUGCAACCGCUCUGAGAGUGGUUUGAACGAUUCCGAGGAAGCUACAACUGUCCCCUCUGGAUCUUUAAGUUAUGAAACACAAUGGUGGGGAGCUCCAAAAUAGAAAGUCUACUAGCUGGCAAGAGCUGACAUUAAUAGAUUGAUCCUCUGAUACAUUUUUGAAAUGAGCAUUUAGACUAGUAAUUUGAGAUGUGAUAUGAUUAUGAUGUAGUUUCUAAAAUAGUUUGCCUCCCAAACCAGAUAUUGUUAUGACACUGAUUUUAGAGGUGGAAAUGGUAAAGGUGGACCAUAAUGUGGACAAUACAAAUAAAAGAGGUUUUGUCGGUAA